AUGAUCAGACCACUUCCCGCGCUGGUCGCAGCCGUUGCAUUUGCCGUAUACGGAGGAUGUGAAUCCGAAUUUACCACACCUGGCCCGGCGCAAUAUGGCUCUGGUGAGGGAGAAAACCAAGUGUACGCCGUCGACGAUCAGAUAAACGUGGAGUGGAAGACAGAUUACGAAGGUGACUGCAACCUCUUUGUUUGGCUGGACUACCCCAGGUUGAAAUCCUUUCAAUUCUACAAAGAAAUACUAGGAAACACGACAGACACUUCGUUUGCAUGGAACGUAACUCUGGACUCCUUUUCAAUAGCCAAGGAUAUUUCAGAAGAUUCUGUGUUUCACUUUAUCCUUUACUCUUCCAAAACAAACAUACCUCUGGCCAAUUCGGCUUCUUUCAAUGUUUCUGGAUCAGACGCGCUACUAGAUAAUUCAAGAACGUCAACAUCACUCCCAGCUGAACCACCACCGGAAACUUCCAUGGUCACAUCCCUAGCAUCAGCGACGUCCAUAGCAUCAACGACAUCCAACCAACCAAAGACCACUGGAUUUGUGGAGGUGCCAGCGCAAGAGCCAGAAAAGUCAGGACUGUCCACAGCAGCAUUGGUAGGAAUCUCAGUUGGUGUCACAGUCGCAGGACUGUUGAUCUCCGGAGCUGUAGGUUUCUUUCUAUGGAGGCGCUUUGAUAGGAGGCGCAAUCAAAUGACAGGGCCAAGUUUGGAGGGAUCUGACUUUCUCAAGCCUGAGCUUGGUGGAACGCAGGUGUUGCAGAUUGGAAGUUCAGAGCUCGAUUCAACAAGAGAACCUCAAGAACUUUGGGAUACGCAGAAGAUAGGGGAGCUUGGAGAUGAAAAUAAGAUACGGAGCAUCGUUGGGCUUCAUGAAGCCCCGUAG